CAAGCAAAGCUAAACGGCAUCAUAAAUUACAAGGCCAGCAUCGUAUGAAACGCAAUCCAAAUCCCAAGAUUUAAGAAACAGAUUGUUGGACAGAAAGAGGUUGAGGAUACAGACGAAUGCUAGAGACAGUUAUCCAUGAAAGAGCGCCAUUUGGAUCUUUGUAGUAAGCAGCAGGCCGUCCAAUAUACGAUACCCAGUACCUUUCACUACAUGGCAAUACACGAAACAAUGUAAAAAUACACUUGUAUUUAUACAAAACCAUAUUUAUCAUCAGUCUAGUACAUGUCCACCAAUCAGGGGGUGCAGCUCCGAUUAGCGGCUCAAGCUAAGGCAGCCAUGGCAACCAAGAACGGUGGUUUUGUUGCGUUGCUGCUGCUGCUGUCGUUCUUGCUGAGCUCGCCGCUGCCGGCGCGAUGCGACGCGCCGCUCCCCGUCAAUGUCUGGCCCAAGCCGACGUCCAUGUCGUGGGCGGAGCCCCACAUGGCCGUGCGUGUCUCGAGCUCGUUCCACGUCGUCGCCCCGUCCGGGAACGCGCACCUCCUCUCGGCGGCGCGGCGCUACGCCGCGCUGCUCCUCGCCGAGCGGUACCGGCCCCUCGUGACGCCGGCGGUGAACGUCACCGCGGGCGGCGCCGGCGCCGGCGCGGCGGGAAGGGGAGCCGAGCUGGGGUACCUGACGCUCGCCGUGUCCGACCUGCACGCGCCGCUGCAGCACGGCGUGGACGAGUCGUACGCGCUGGAGAUCCUCCCCGCCGGCGCGGCGGCCACGGUGACCGCGGCCACGGCGUGGGGCGCCAUGCGCGGCCUCGAGACGUUCUCGCAGCUGGCGUGGUGGUGCGGGCGGGAGCGGGCGGUGCUGGUGGCCGCCGGCGUGCGCGUCGAGGACCGGCCGCUGUACCCGCACCGCGGGCUGAUGCUGGACACCGGGAGGACGUACUUCCCCGUCGCCGACAUCCUCCGGACGAUCGACGCCAUGGCGGCGAACAAGAUGAACGUGUUCCACUGGCACAUCACGGACUCCCAGUCGUUCCCCCUCGAGCUCCCCUCCGAGCCGGCGCUCGCCGAGAAGGGCUCCUACGGCGACGGCAUGCGCUACACCGUCGACGACGUUAAGCUCAUUGUCGACUUCGCCAUGAACCGCGGCGUCCGCGUCGUGCCAGAGAUAGACACACCCGGCCACACGGCGUCGUGGGCCGGAGCUUACCCCGAGCUGGUGUCCUGCGCCGGCGAGUUCUGGCUGCCCGACGCGUCUGACUGGCCCAGCCGACUUGCCGCCGAGCCGGGCGCCGGCCAGCUCAACCCGCUGGAGCCCAAGACGUACCAGGUGAUGUCCAACGUCAUCAACGACGUCACCUCCCUCUUCCCGGACGGCUUCUACCACGCCGGCGCCGACGAGGUCACGCCGGGGUGCUGGAACGCCGACCCGUCCAUCCAGCGCUACCUCGCCCGCGGCGGCACGCUCAGCCGCCUCCUCGAGAAGUUCGUCGGCGCGGCGCACCCGCUGAUCGUGUCCCGGAACCGGACGGCGGUGUACUGGGAGGACGUGCUGCUGGACCAGGCGGUGAACGUGACCGCGUCGGCGAUCCCGCCGGAGACGACGAUCCUGCAGACGUGGAACAACGGCGGCAACAACACGAGGCUGAUCGUGCGCGCCGGGUACCGGGCCAUCGUCUCGUCGGCGUCGUUCUACUACCUCGACUGCGGCCACGGCGACUUCGCCGGCAACGACUCCGCCUACGACGACCCGAGGAGCGACUACGGCACCAGCGGCGGGUCGUGGUGCGGACCGUACAAGACGUGGCAGCGGGUGUACGACUACGACGUCGCGGGCGGGCUCACCGCCGAGGAGGCCAGGCUGGUGGUCGGCGGGGAGGUGGCGAUGUGGACGGAGCAGGUGGACGCGGCGGUGCUCGACGGCAGGGUGUGGCCGAGGGCGUCGGCGAUGGCGGAGGCGCUGUGGUCGGGCAACCGCGACGCCACCGGCCGGAAGCGCUACGCCGAGGCGACCGACCGGCUCACCGACUGGCGGCACCGGAUGGUGGGGCGAGGGGUCCGCGCGGAGCCCAUCCAGCCGCUCUGGUGCAGGAACCGCCCGGGAAUGUGUAACUUGGUCCGGUGAACCACCCGGCAACCGACCCGUAUACGUGCGCUCAACUAUCACAGCAACUGCUACCAUAUCAUAACGAUGUGUUGGAGUUGGAGAAACUAAAGUGUGAGUUCUGGAUUUUUUUUUUUGGUUGGUUUUAUUUAUUUGUCAUUGUGCGAGAGGGGAGAAUACUUCUGCUACUGCUGCUGCUGCUACCAAUUUAUUUGUUUUUUUAUUUUGAGUAAUGUGAAGUGGACGGCAUGUUAUGUUAUUGUGUACCUUGAAAGCCGGCUUUUAUCUUAUCAUGGGGCCGGUUCCGAAUUUCCAACGCAUUGGUUGUACUGUUCGAUUUGAUUAAAGUAGUAUUAUAGAGGAGAGUGUUGAUGCGA